AUGGGUGCCAGUGGUUCGGGCAAAACAACUCUAUUGAAUGCAUUGACGGCAAGGAAUUUAUCACAACUGUCCGUCAAUGGGAAGGUAUUACUGAACGGACAGGUAGUCAGUCAACAGAAUGUGGCCUCCAUCUCCUCGUAUAUACAACAGCAAGACUUACAUCACCAGUUGCUCACAGUUAGGGAACACCUAUUAUUUCAGGUUUCAGCUAUAUUGAUGGGACUAGUAUUCUGGGGACAGGGAAGUCAGCUUAAUGUCAACAAUAUCAAUGGGGCACUAAACCUAAUGGCCCAGCUCAACUCACUCUGCCUGGCAUCGGUGGCAAUCACUGUAUUUUUCUCGGAGGCACCGAUUGUAAGCCGGGAACACCAGAACUAUACAUACGCCGUGUUGCCAUACUUUUUGGCUAUAGUUUCACUUCAAGUGACGCUAAUAGGUUUCUGCUAG